AUGUCUCUGUGGAGGAAAGAGAACGCGCCGCAGUUUGCCGAGGAGCUGAAGGGCAAGUCCAUGCCCGAAAUGGCCAAGAUCUGCGCAGAGAAAUGGGCCCAAGUUCCCGCUGAAGAGAAGGCCAAAUACACCUCGCAGGUAGAGGACAUGAAGAAGGAAUUCGACAAGAAGAAGGAUGAGUUCAAGACCAGGAAGACGUAUCUUGACUUCCUCUUGGAGCGCCGCAAAGCCAAGGAAAGGGAGAACAAGACCGUCGGCCUGAUCAAUUUGCCGAAGAGGCCCCAGUCUGUGUUCGCGAUGUUCGCGGAGGCACACAAAACCGAGGUGCCGGCUGGCAAGGGCGAGGGCAAGGGUCGCAGCGCCUUGAAGGCGAAAUUCAUAGAGGCCCCGGCGGAUGAGAAGGCCGAGCUCGCCAAGAAGGAGGCCGAGGCCAAGCAGAAGUUCCAGAGCGAGUUGGCGGCGUUCAAGGAGUCCGAGGAGUUCAAGAAGUACAAGGGCAACGAGAAGAAAAUCCAGACGGAGUUCAUGAACGAGGCCAUGAAAGUCAUGACCCUCAAGUUCCUGCGGCACUCGCCGCCGGCCCCCCCGAAGACGGGCUUCGCUGUGUUCGUGGGCGACAAGCGGAAGGCGGAGGAGGACGCGGACGGCGCGCCGAAAGGCAAGAAGGAGAGGGCCGAGGAGGUCAGGGCAUACAAGGUGGAGUUCAUGAAGCUUGACAAGGCCACGAAGAAAGAGUACGACACCUCGCGGAUGGAGAAGUUUAAGGAGUGGCAGGCCCAGGUCAAGGAAUACAUGGAGAAGCCGAUGUGGAAGGAGUACCUUGCGGAGGCGAAGCGCAUCAAGGUUCCCAUCAAGAGUCUUUUGGCCGACAAGGGCAAGGUCAUUAAGAAGCUGAAGAACGGCAUGCGGUUCAUCCCCCUGCCCGAGAAGCCAGUGGACAUGCCUGUGAAGCCGAAGCAGGCGUACAGCUUGUUUGUGGCCGCGAAGAAGGGCUCCAUGGAGCUGUCCGAGAUGCCCGGGGCCUGGAGCAAUCUCGAGGAGGCAGAGCGGAAGAAGUACACCGACGAGGCCGCGGACUUGCAGCGGGAGUACGAGACGAACAUGAAGAUCUUCAAAGAGAGCGAUGAGGGUAAAAUGUGGGCGGAUUUCAAAGACUACAGCCUUACCGUGCGACGGAAGCGCGUUGUUUUAGCCAAGUUCAAGUUUUUAGGGGGUAUGCCGAAGAAGCCAGUGGACCCAAAGGCAAAGUGGAUGAAAGCUGCGAAGGCGGAGUUUCCUGGAUUGAAGGGGGCCGAUCUGACUGUCAAGGUGAUGGAGAAGUUCAGGGCGCUGCCCGAGGAGGAGAGGGAUAAGAUCGAGAAAGAAAGGCAGGAGCAGGAGAAUGCCUAUCGGCAAUCGCUGAAGGAGUUUAAGGAAAGCGAGCAUUGGCAGAAGUACUCGAAGAUGGUGAAGGCGAAGGCAAAAAGCAAGGGGGCUUCAACUGUGCCAGUACCAGAGGAUAUGCCCAAGAAGCCUCGCAAUGCUCUGCAGAUUUUCAGAUCGGAGCAAGCUGGUAAGGGACUGGCAGAGGCCUUGAAGAUGUUCAAUGACCUUCCACAGGAAGAGAAGGCCAGAAGAAACCAGGAGGCAAAGGAAAUGCAAGACAAAUACGUUGCGGACCUCGCCGCGUGGGGCAAGACUGAAGCCGGCAAGAAGUACAACAAGCAGGUGGCCAUGGUCGAGAAGCGGUACAAGCUGAAUUCGGCAAAGGAAAGGUACUUGAAAAACGAGCCCAAGAAAGCGGUCAACGCGAUGCAGUUGUGGGCGAACGAGGUUGGAAAGGCCUUGAUCCAGCAGGAGGAUCCCAGCGUGAAGGGCUUCGCCAUGCUACCGAAGAUCAGCCAGAAGUGGCUUGGGCUGAGCAGCGAGGACAAGCAGGAGUGGGUCGACAAGGCGGCCGCUGGCCAGGAGGAGUACGAGAAGAGCAUGGCGGAGUGGAAGGCGACCCCCGACUAUAAGAAGUACGUCUCGAUCGUCAGCAGGCUCAACGGCAGCAAAGGGGCAGCCAGCAAGGGCAAGGGCAAAGGCGCAAAGCCCAAGGCGAAAGCCGUGGAGAUGCCCCCAAAGCCCGAGGGCAUGCCCAAGAAGCCAAUGACAGGCUACUUCAUCUACAUGGAGGAGAAGCGUGCAAGCGGAACUGGCGUCAGCAAGAGUGAGUUGGCCAGCGGGUGGGUCAAUCUAGGUGCAGAUGGCCAAAAAGUUUAUAACGACAAGUCGAAAGAGCAGUUCGCGAAGUAUGAUAAGGACAUGGUGGAAUUCAACAAGACCGCCGAGGGAAAGAAGUACAAGCGCCUCAAGGCGGUCGCGGACAGAAAGCAGAGGGUCGAGAAUGCAAGAAAAAAGUUCAUUGGUGGCGCCGACGCGCCCAAGAAGCCGACGGCACCACGGGGGGCCUACUUCAUUUUCACAGACGCGAAGAGGCCCACGCUUACUGGCCUCGGGUUCAAGGAGAUGGCUCAGAAAGUGUCCGAGCUGUGGAAGGACCUCCCCCCGGAGGAGAAGAAGGUCUACGAGGACAAGCACGCGGAGCAGAAGGAGCAGUUCGAGAAGGCCAUGGCCGAAUACAGGAGCCACCCCUCCGUCAAGAAGUUCGAGAAGGCCUCCGGCACCGCCAAGAAGCCGAAGCCCAAGCCCAAGCCCAAGCGGAAGGCGGCAAAGCCGAAGGGCCGAGCGGCGGGCCGAGGCAAGGCGAAGGCCAAGCCGAAGGCCCGGGCCGCUGCGGACAAGGCCGGCAGCGGCAGCGACAGCGACGUCAUGGGCAGCGACAGCUCCAGCUCCAGCAACGACAGCGACUCCGACUGA